AUGAUGGAGAAUACAACAGAUCCACAGAACAUCAGUAAUACUUUACAACUACAGCAAGCAAAUUCUAAACCAGCAAAUGAACCUGACCAUUUUCUCACUAUUCGCUUGCUUAUGCAGGGAAAAGAAGUCGGAAGUAUUAUUGGAAAACGUGGUGAUAACAUCAAAGCAAUCCGAGAAGAAAGUGGUGCUCGUAUCAAUAUUAGUGAUGGUACCACACCAGAACGUAUUGUUACCAUGGUUGGGACGAUUGAAACGUUAUCGAAAGCAUUUGGAAUGAUUUGUCAAAAGUUCGAAGAUGAUUUGAAACAAACAUGUACAACGAUUCCUCCUAUCACACUCCGACUUGUUGUACCAGCAAGUCAGUGUGGUUCAAUUAUCGGUAAAGGUGGUGCGAAAAUCAAAGAAAUUCGAGAAACGACAGGUGCAUCAGUCCAGGUUGCAUCUGAAAUGUUACCAACAUCAACAGAACGUGCUGUAACUAUAUCGGGCAAACUUGAUUCUAUUGAAUCAUGUUUCCGACAAAUAUGCCAAAUUAUGCUCGAACAGUCGCCACCUAAAGGUGAAACGAUCCCCUACCGACCAAAGAUGAUGAUAUCACCCGUACAUGCACCAAUCAUUUUCGCUAAUGGACAGGCUUAUCAAGUGCAAGGUCAAUUUGCGAUUCCUCUUCCACCAAAUGAGUUAAAUGCGUUUGGACCAUUAACCCCUCUCGCACCGGGUGUGCCUGUGUCAGCUGCAGCUCCUUUGUUACCAAAUGGUCUUCCACCGAAUCGUCCGCCUUUGCAAACACAACGAGAGAUCACAAUUGCUAACGAUCUUAUUGGCUGCAUCAUCGGCCGAGGUGGACAAAAGAUUUCGGAGAUCAGGCAAGCAUCGGGAGCAAAUAUAAAAAUAGCUGAUUUAGAUGAAGGUUCACAAGAUCGUCAUGUGACUAUCUCUGGCACACCUGAACAAAUCCAAUUAGCUGAAUUUUUAAUUCAUUCUAGAAUUGCUUCCGAAAUCGGUGGAAUUCUCAUUACUCAUUAA